GUUUGCAUUUUCAAUGAAUGCCUUGAUACAAUUAUCUGUUAAAAGUUAUGUAAAACCCCUAGAUUGGAGUAAAACGUAAUGAAGACGAGACGAAGUUUCAAGGAAUUCUUUAUAUUGGCCAAGCAAGAUCUUAAACUUAAUGAAAACCUGAAACACUGGAUUACCGGAAUACCUCUCAUAGUGGGAUGGGUAGUUCCGGUGGCGAUUGUCAUAGGAGUUAGUGAUGUCUCGGCUUUGGAUGUGGUGUGUUGCGCUUGCGCUGGUCGGGCUGUGGUAUGCGCCGGCGCAGGCUGUGGUGGGCGGCGCACCUGCUGCGCCCCCCGAGCCUGACGCGGCGGUGGUGUUCACCCAGCGCCACGGGUUCAGCUCCCGUAUCGAAGGAAUCAAAGAUGAAAAACUUGGAUAUUACAGCUUCUUCGGGAUAAGAUAUGCUGAACCACCACUGGGUCCUCAGAGGUUCCAGCGGCCCAUCCGCCGGUACCUUGCAGGAGAGAUGAUGGCUACCCAGCAGUGCCUCCCAUGCCCUCAACCCGAUCCUUACCAGCGAGGGCGAAUCUUAGGACAUGAAGACUGCCUCUGUCUUAACGUGUAUGCUCCUAAAAUGCCUGCUACGGAAGAAGGAAGCCCGGUUGUCUUCUUCAUUCACGGUGGUAACUAUAGAACUGGAUCGACACAUUCUUAUGGAGGACAACAUUUGGUUCAAAAGGAUACGAUAUUGGUAACAGCACAGUAUCGGUUAGGCUCGCUUGGAUAUCUGAGCACAGGGCAAAGAGAUGCAGGAGGCAAUGUUGGACUGUUUGACCUACAUGCGGCCAUGAUCUGGAUACAAGACUACAUUCAAUUCUUCGGGGGUGACGCAAAGCGAGUGGUUGUGAUGGGCCAAGGUUCUGGGGGCAGUGCCGCUUCCCUCCUGGCGUUGUCUCCUGAAGGUCGCACCGCUACGGGAGUCGCCGCUUUGUCGGGCGCUCCCUUGUCUCCAGGCGCCGUGAGACCAGACCCUGAAAAACAUUCCGACGCCUUAGCCGAACGUACGGGAUGCCCGAAGAAACCAGCUGAAAGUCUUCUCAUAUGCUUACGGAAAUUGCCCGUUGAAGAACUUGUGCAGGCUGACGAGGAUUUGAAUAUGGACAUGGUAGACACACAAAGAUUUUUGGAAGAGAUUUCAGGACGAUCAGGUGCUGGUGCUAGAGUAGAAGGUGCGGAUGACCUCCGAGGUCUGCCGCCUCUCGUAGCCGAAGCUCCAGCUGAGUCACUGGGUAGGAAGCAGAAACGUGUCCCUCUCCUCACCGGUGUCACGUCGGCCGAGACCUCAAGGGCUGUGUUUGGUAAAUUUAACAAAUUCCUGACAAACCAACUCCAAAAUGUGAAGGACUUCCUCAAGAAAGAUGUAAUAGGAGGUCUUCAGAAUGUGGUGCAAGGGGUUGAGGGUCUGAUCCCACUGGCUUCUAACGUUCAAGCUGUCCUGCCUAUCUCCGACUACUAUCAGGGCUUGUUUGAUCAGGCUUCUAAUCUCAUUGAUGGACUUUCUGAGGUCGCGGAAGCUACAGGUGAUGCCCUGUUCAACUUCCCGGCGUACCAGAGCGUGCAGCAGUGGAGUUCAGGUGGCCAGGCGUUCCUGUACAGCUUCGAACACGUCGGGAACCUCUCUAAAGGCUGGCAUUUCCUACCUGGCGUCUCUUUAGCGGAAAAGUCGACCGACGAGCCGAUGAAGCCUAAGAAAGCGCAAGGUCCUUCCCACGGAGACGAGUUAGCAUAUAUCUUCGAACCAUUGGGCCCUGACGGCCAGCCCAUGGGCGGCGAGGUCUCCAGCACCGAUGCUCGAGUCAGGGAGAACUUUGUGGGGCUUAUCUCCAAGUUCGCACACGGACUUGAUGAUGCCAAAACCAAGAACACUUCAAAGAUCUUAGGUGGCAUACUGUUCCCUUCGAGCGCAGAUCAAUUUUUAAAGAUUGGCGAAUCGUUGACAAUUGAUAAAGAUUUUAGGUUCUGUCAGAUCGGAUUAUGGGGCAAUAUGGGAGACAGGUUGACAGGAGCACUAUGUAAGAAUCUCCUCGGCAACUUAUUGAAUUUGCAACAACUGGGCAAGUUGCCAGCAAUACCAGGACAAUUGCCGGGCCAGUUGCCGGGCCAAUUGCCUUUGCAGUUGCCCGCACAGAACACUAUGCAAUUAGUGCCAGGACUGUUGGGUAAACAGCCAACUAGAACUCCUCAGAGGCAGCCACAGAAACCACAAAGAACCACACAGGGGCCUUUUAAGCUCCCGUUUGAUUUUUGAGUUGACUAAGUAAGAAGUUUAUAUUGUCAGUGCCAUAUUUUUUACACCUUAAUAAAUAAAAGAUUAUACGAAGCGAUUUUAUUUUGAAAACCUUGCUAUUUUAAAGGUGACGAAUAAGAAGCUUUAUUUAUUUACUUGAACGCGAAUCUUAGGAACUCUUGGCCCAAAUUGAAAAAGAAAUUUCAGUGUUUGAUAGCCUAUUAUUCGAGGAAGGCUAUGAGUCCUCUUAUGGGGUGUCUGUCUGUAUAAAAGGUCAUAUCAGAUGUAAUACAAUAAGUGAGUUCUGCAAAAAUAUUUUUGUAAAUACAUACCUAUCUAAUUAGCUAAUUGUAAACAAAUGCUCAUUAGCAUACAAUUCUGAGGAUCAAAACCACAGAACCAGGAAACCUGAGUUGUUUGCUAUUAUUAGAGUUGAGGAUGUCAAAACAGGAAAACCGGUUUAUUGGUUGACCGUAGAUGGAGCGCACUAAUUAAUGACGAUAUUUAACGUCUGGAGGUAUAUCAACCAGCUCAGCCAGACAUCCUGCAGUAUAAGCUGAAUACUAGUCAACAUGCGUCGUGCCUGUGCUAUUGUUUUGUUCCUCGUCUUCACUCAAUACUUGAUUGAGACAACUGAAGCUCAGUCGUCGAACCCGGCUGGUACUUGUGGGAAACAUGGUGACCCAUGUGACUCUGAUUCAGAAUGCUGUGCAUCUGCAACGUGUCACAGAUUCGCCAAAAGAUGCCAGAUCAAAAUAGAACUACCUAAAUACCAUAAAUGAUGUAAAAUAAUAAAUAUCUUGGAAAAAAAAGACAUGUCAAGCAACGUUUAUGGACCAAAAUUAAACACCGUAUAAAAUGCAAAAA